AUGCCCGACAAAUCCUACACGCAACGCAUACCGAAGUGCGAGUGGAACUUGCACAAACCUACUAUUCAUCGCCUGUAUGUCCUAGAAGACUUGCCUCUCACAGCUUCAGGCGGGGUCAAAGACAUCAUGUCCACUGAGUACCAUUUCUCUGCAACGCCUUCGGAAACCCCCCUUGCAUCAAGUUUCGCAACACUGAUCAUGCCGGUUAUCUUGCGCUUACCAAAGCUCGGAUCACUCGGCACCAUGAUCUCGUUCGAAGACACCAGUGCCUUUGAGGCUAUAGUCAGGAACAUGUUACAUGAAGGCUCCUUUCAACUUGUACGCCAACAAAGCAUGGAUCGUCAAGUCAUGUACAUGAUCUUCCAUCGACUAGUCAACGACGGUCAUGCUGUUCAGGCGCUCGAUAGCCCCGAGACUAAGCUCGACCAUCUUUUCAAAACAGGGAUAACUUAUUGCCUCUCACUUGGAAACGAAGUUCUCAUGGACAUCAUCAAUGCCACUCCCUCUCCCUACAAUCUGGCAUUGAUACAGAACAUUUUCUCUGCAGCGCUGAUUCUGGGGAAUGGACCCGUCUUGGGUAUGAUCAUGAGCAUGGAUAGAGAGAGAUUUGUGGACCGCCCCGUCACCCUAGGAUAUGCUCAGUAUUACCCAUUGGAGUAUACAAGUCUCAAAGGAUACCUGCAAGCAACACAAGUCCUCCUCGAUUCCGGCGCUGAUCCCAAUCAGCAGAUCUAUGUUUCGGCCUCCGAUCUUUUGCUUGCAAAGGGCGCGAUGCCAGAUGAUGUUUGCUUGACCGGUGCUGUCAGAGGCAACGAUCUGAAAAUCCUUGUAGAGUUUCUGGAUCGUGGUCUAGACCCCAACGCCGAAGUUAUUGUACCCUACUGUGAGGACCCAUCUAGACGCCCAUUACAGCCCGAGACUUGUACUGCGUUAGGCGAAGCCAUUACGAAUCGAUCCAAGGGAGCGUUCGAGAUACUUCAAGCGCGGAGAUAUGUUUCUGAACUGGCCCAUCAAUCAGCUGGCUUUACUUACGCCUUCGUAGCAGCGUGUCAGGUUGGGGACAGCAGGCUUAUGAAUCUGCUGCUGCAAUUGCAAAGUUUUCCUAGCAGGCUUAAGAACAUAGAGAACGCUCUUGAAGCUGCCAUGGGAGAGAAUCAACAUCACAUUAUCGAACAGCUCCUAUCUCUGGGCAUCAGGCCGUCGCUGAGGUGCCUAUACAAAGCGAUUCAAAGCAGGCGACUAGAACCUGUGAAGCUGUUGACGAGUUGUAUGGAUAUAUACGGCAUCCUGAGAGAAAACAAUGGGCUUUACAGUAGGUAUGAUCCCGUUCUGGAUGCUCGAGACGAGGAGUACAACGACGCCAUACUCUUUGAAGUGUUGAGCUGGGGUGAUCAAAUCGCAAUUGACUGCGUACUUCGAAGUGGACACCCUGUCAAUGUGUGCAUGCGGCCAAAGUUCAAUGAGUUUCACGAUUGGAAACUAGACUUGCGACCACCUGGGCGUACUGAUUAUUGGAACAUAAUUCCCCUCAGCGCCGCUAUCGUGAAGCGGAACUCAGCAGCAGUAAAAGCAUUGAUGACAUACGGUGCACGACUUCUGCUACCACACCAGUUCAACUCACGACACACAUCGCACCAAGCUACCCCCAUUGAGUCACGGUGGUCAUAUGGCGAUGGGUGGACUCUGACACCACUUUCUGCCGCCGUUUUCACAGAUGAUCUCCCUUUACUGGAAGAGUUCCUGCGCCUGGGAGUGGACCCCUUCGACAAUAGCGCCCUUUUCGUAUGCAUCAUGCGCGACUUCGAAGAUGCCAUUACGUUGAUACUCUCCGCUUUCAGGGCACGAUACCCAGACGGGGUACAUUAUUUCGGCUCAGACGCACUCUACCAGGUCAUAAGACGCAAGAACAUGCAACUUCUUAGGAUUCUCGCCAUGGAUACCGAUAUCACAGGGCCCGUUGAAGAGGACUGGAGAACCACGCCUGACGGCCAUUGGCCGUUUCGACGAAGUGUAAAUUUCACGAGUCCACUUGCCGAAGCAUUCCGUCUUUUCUCCGAAAGCGAUGACACUGGCGAGGUUAUUGACGUUCUUCUGCCUCUGGUCAAAGACCACAACACUGUUGUACAUCAAGACGACAAAUUUGGUAACAUGACUAGUCUACUAUACGCAAUCUCUUUGGGCUCUUUGGAGAUCGUUCAGAGGUUACAACAGGCAGGCGCCAACAUAUCCUCACCAGCCGAAGUGAGUAUUACUCGAACACCACUGCAAGCGGCAGCACAGGCGGAAAGCAAGGAAAUCGUAGAGUACCUCCUAGGCCAGGGAGUCAGUCCGAACGAGCCUCCAGCAGUCCGAACCGGAGCGACUGCACUUCAGCUAGCCGCGAUCACAGGAAACAUCAGUAUCGCAACGGCCUUGCUCAAGGCAGGGGCCGAAAUCAACGCACCACCAGCAUUCUUCGACGGCAGAACGGCACUCGAAGGCGCCACGGAACAUGGCCGUGUUGAGAUGAUGAUCUUCCUCGUUGAUCAAGGCGCUGAUCUGCUUGCAAAUGGCAACGCGCAAUAUCAACGUGCUAUUGCGUUUGCAGAAGACAAUUUGCAGCACGCUGCGAAGGCGGUCGCAGACGAGCUUUACACAAAAGCUCUCGCUAGCCAAGGACCGAGCUUCAUUGACAUGGGUGGGGAACAGUGGGCGGGAUAUGAAACCCCAAACUUUGGGAGUUUGUUCUGA